GAUGGCGCUGCGGGAGGACGUUGGGUGGUAGCGGUGAUGCGGAGUGAUGUGUCACGUGUGUGGUGAGGUGAAUUAAAUGAAAUAGUAUUUGUUUGAAAAGAAAGCGUCAUGUGAUAGAUACUGACAAGUGGAGGAGCCGCCAGCAUGCCGCUGGUGAAGCGUGAAGUGUCGCCCGUGAGGCUGGCGGCGCGGCCGUCCUGCUGGGGCACCGCGGACUCCGGAGAGGAGGUGACCCUGCGGGGCGAGUACGACCUGACAGCGGUGACCAACGUGACCCUGUGUGGUGCCCUGCGACAACUGGCUUCUCUGGUGACGGCAGCGCAGGACGUGUCGCAGGAGCUGCAGGAAGAGCUGGGCAAGAUCAGCAAUCGCUCCAGCAGCCUCGCCGCCCGCCUGGCAGCCCUCGAGGGUCGCGUCGCCGCCCACAACCCUCGCGCCGUGCCCGUCCCUGAGGGUGACCUGCGGAGUUUCAGCGAGCGACAGGACCACUACCACCACACUGACGAGGCCUCCGCUGACCUCUUCACGGUGACCUCUCGCCCCCCGGCACUCCGCAGCCUGUACGACAAGGCCCACCAGACACCCGUGCACAUCAUGAGAGAAAUCGACCAACUGAGAGACGACGGGAUACGCAGCUCUCGAUACUUCUUCUGCGAACCUGUACUUGGCGACUCACUCAAGAAAGAGAAACUUCGAAAACUGAACCUUGACAUCGAGACGAGAAGGCCGGCCAGCUUUGUUGCUCUUCGGGAAUGGUGUUCUGACGAUGAGACCCUGACAGAGGUGUGCCUGUCCCCGGUGUCUCCUUCAGUGCCGGUCAAGGUAUGCCCCCCACAGAAGGAACCAGCUGCCCACAAGCUGCCCUCUCCUGAACAACGUGUUCUUGCCCUUUCUCUGAAAUACCCUCCUGAGCUGGUGCCUAUUGAUGUCUCUGGCUCUGGCUUCAAGCGACUUGAAAAGUUCCGGCAGUCACUAGUCCACUUUGAAUAUUACAAAGGAAAACAUCGGAGGAAGCGUGUUAAGAGAAGGAACACUAUUGCCGAUACACGAGAUGUUCAGAUAGCUCUAGCAGACAGAGAGGCAGCCUCCACAUCGUCUGGGCGUGGCAGGUCCUCCCCACGGUCCGGGUCGCCCAGCUCUCGUGGGGGUGUCUCCUUCACUGAUCGCUCCUUUGACACCACAGAAACCCUCGACACCACAUCAAAUACCACCAAGACCAGCUCAGAGCGAGAGAAUCAUCCUCUUUCUCUGGGUAUUGAGGUGUGUGUUCCAGCACUACCUCGCAAUGCUCACACGGUGUCUCGGCGCAUGGCCAGGGAGAACACUUUUAGAGAAAAUGAGUUAACAGAUAAGGAAGGAGCUGGGUCUUCAGGAGGUAACCCUGCCCCAGUAGUUGGGUCCUGGCAGGCCCUGGCACCCCACAUCUCCGAGCUAGUUAAGAACUCCAAACGUGACACUACUGCAGAGAGGCAGAGGUCACACCUUCCCAUUUUGACACAUUCGCCAGCUAUGAACAUAGCUGUAAAGCUGAGAGAAGGAACAAAAGACGAAUGCACUCGCUCCUCUUCUGGUAAUUGGUCAGCUUCUUCCAGCACCCGAACCUCUGUUGAGUCUGACCAGCAUCGGCCACUGGCAUCACCUACAUCCUCAUAUGAACAAGACUCAAUCCCUUCUGAGUCUCUGCAUGUUCGAUCAUCAUCUCCAUCAAGUAACCUGCGAACAAACUCCAGAACAACGGAUGAUCUGCCCUCAACUUCCUCCCACACCAGUGACGGCACUUUAACCCCAACUCAAGAUAUCCAGGACAUCCCUUUCUUAGAUGAUGACACUGGCUCAGCUUACUCAUGUGACACUGAAGGUUACUACACUUCCUUCCAUAUAGACAGUGGUAUCCGUUCCGUCAGUUAUGAGGGAAACAAGCUAGCUGAGAGUGAAUACGAACUUUUUGGGAAAGGAAGUACCGGCACUACAAACAGCUCUGCCAGCAUUGGAACUGUAGUUAUGAGGAACCCAGAGAAAAAGACUCCACCAAAGCCACCUCAGAGGGUGAGCUCUUUGGAAAGAAAACAAGAAAACAGAGAAAGUGUAAUAACUGUGAUUCAUGUAAAUGGAUCUACAUCUUCACGUGAAGAUGUGGCAGCUGAACUGCCAGACAAGACUAGCAGUCAGGAUGGCGACAGCAAAAGUUCCCGUGAUGGUGACAGUGGUCGUGAAACAUCUAGUUCUCCCACUGAACCAACAAGUCCACGCCAGCCUAGCUUGCCUUCUCCAGAGAUGGAGUGUUCUGAAUCGGAUCUCGAGGCAGACAGGCAAGAGAUUCUACGAGUGAAAACUACAAUCAAUUCCAGUCGGAUACCAUCAAUGUGUGUUAUAACGCCUCCACAGAGUGAUGACGAGAGUGUUAGGUCUGGAAGUGUUCCCCUAUCCAGGGAAAGUUCAGGGUCACAAAUUGACAAUCCAGGGCAACAGGCACCUCCUCAGGGACUUCUGGGUUCCCUUGUCAGUCAAGGGCAAUCUCAUGGUGUUACUGCCAAAAUGCUGUCAUUCCAGAACAGUGGUGCAAAAAGUGGUGGUGCAAGAAGUGUUGGUGCUAUUAGUGGUGGGAAGAGUGCAGUAGAUGAUAGUACUUCUGAGAAAGACUCUGGAGGAAAAGUUCCUGUGGUAUCCCAUGGUUACACUCCAACACUUACCGUCAUACCCCGGGGCAAAGAUGGUGAUAUCAAUGCCCACCUCAAAGGCAUCAUGCACACUGCAGCAGUGUCUGCCCCUUCUCGGCCCGAUCCCGACCAACCUGUUUUGAUACGACCAUCAUUGGUCAAACAAGCUGAAAGAGAGAAAAGAUUAUCACAAGAAAGUGAUGAUUCUCAAAAUACUGAAUUACAGAGGCAAUCAACAUCAAAAGAAGAAAAACAAAAAGCUCAGGUUGAAAAAGGACAGAUAUAUAGUUCUGAACUCAUAUCCUAUAAAGAACUGCCACCACCCACAACCACAACUGCUCACCCCUUCAGUGCUGUGCCAUCCAGUGUGAAGCAAAAUGUUGUAAUCACUCCAACCAACUCCCUAGAGAGGAGGAAAGCUAAUCCUGCAAAAGCUGGUGCCAGAGUAACCCUGAACUCUGAUGGAAAGGUGGUCUAUUCAUCAGACAGUCUCCCACGUCGCAAGGGUCACUCAUCCUUUGAACCAGGACCAUACAUAAAGCCACAGGUUACAAAUGCUACACAAACUCAGGCUGUGGGAGGAGGUACUGUCAGCUCAACUGUUCCUAGUACAGCACACAUCAAACCUUCAGUAUCUGGAGCAUCAAGCAGUAUACAGCACACUCCACUGCCACCUCCUCCUACCUCCACUGUCAAUGCUGAAACGUCAACAUUGCCUCAUCCAAUGGCACAGAGACCCCAGCAGCCCCUUCCACAUUCAGCAACACAUGCACCUCCUGGACCAGCAGGAGUUUCUCACUCCAAACAGUUUCUUCCUGUGGCAUCUCAAAGCACACAUUCUUCAUCAGUGACAACUACUCCAACUACGCAUAAACCUCCAGGUACUUCACAACCUACAUCAUUAUCUUCAGCAGGUUCAGCUCCUUCUCCUCACCAGCAAACAACAUUGCUUUCCAAACUCCACUCAUCAUCACCACAACAGUCUCAUCUACCAUUUUCAACACAACCUCAUUCAGUGCUUCCUGCAGCAUCUCAUCCAGUUCCUUUGUCACAGCCUCAUCCUGUACCCUCAUUGCAAUCUCAUCCUACUCUUACAUCACAGUCUUCUCUACCCCUUACAUCUCAGUCUCAUGCAGCUCCUUCACCACAACUACAUCCUACACUCCCAUCACAACCUCAUCCAGUUCUUCCAGGACAACCUCACUCAGUUCUUCCAGCACAAUCUCAAACAGUACUGCCACCACAGACUCACCAGGCACCACAAGCUCAACACCCACCACUACAGCAUCAGUCAUCACUCCCUUCCCAACCCCACAUAGCUUCAACACAACCUCACCCAAUACUUUCACAGCCACAUCCAGUGUCAUCACAUCCUCAUCCAAUACAAGCAACACAGCCUCACCCAGUACAGUCAUCACAGUCACUCUCAACACAAAUGCCUACAUCCUCUCAAAUGUUGUCCACUGCAUCACCACAAUCUGUUUUACUCUCAUCCAAACAAACUGCAUCACCUCACAUGUCUGUCAAGAUGCAGCCUAAAUCUGACCCCCUUAGCACAGCUCCUGCUCCAUCCCCUGUGCCGAUGCAGGCCUCCUUGAUACGCACACCUCAGUCUCUUCCACAGCAGAGACUACAACAAACAACACAACAACCUCAGUCACCAAGCAAUCAGAAGCAAAGUGCUGUGAAUGCAAAGGGUGAAGAUGAACUACUAGUUUCUGAUAAGCAAAUCUCAAGUGUGUCUGGAAGUUCCAACAGUAUAUAUGGAACAACACAGCAACAGCAACUCAAGCAACAGCAACAACAAAUUCUACAAGCACGACAAGAGGCACAAAUGCAACUUUUACAACAGCAGCAGCAACAGAUUUAUCAAACACGUCAAGAGGCUCAAAGAGUUAUACAGCAGCAGCAACUACAGCAACUCCAACAACAACAGCUGCAAAAGCAACAAUUGCAACAGUUGCAACAACAACAAUUACAACAACAACACUUGCAGCAACAUUAUCUAUAUCAAACAAAAGAUGAAGCUCAAAUGCAACUGCAGCAACAACAAAUUCUGCUGCAACAGCCAAUAUAUCAAACUCAUCAAGAGCUCCAGCAAGCACGUCAUCACAUUGCUCCUGCAUCACAGUCCCAAGCCCAGCCACUUUCUCAGCCAGGAGUGACCUCUGGAAGUGUCAUCAUGGCCUCUCAAGGAGCACCCAUGUCUCCAAGAAGUCAACGGGCAGGGGCCUAUGUGCAUGUUCAGGGACAGGUCUCAUCAGGAGCAACUCCACAGCAGAUGGUAGCAGCUGCACAAACCUCUCAGGGCAGUCAGUCUAGUAGUAAAAGUGGUCAGCGCUCACAAAACUCACAGGGAUACACCCCUGGAGACACCACUUCUCGUGCACCCACCCCUGUACAGGGCCCCAUCACCUCCAGUCCUCAUCGAGGUGUCCACAGCACUGAGGCCUUCACUCACCAACACCUACGCACUGAUCCAGGAAUGUUGUAUGGAUCUCAGCGUAGUCUACAGAGUGUUGGCCUUAUUCCUGAAGGACGAGGUGCAGGUCCAUCCCAGCAGCCACCCCGCCCAAUCUCUACCUCCCCUCCCCCAUACUCAGACCACCAUCACAGCCUCACAGACAGUGAUAUAUAUGGAAGGAUUGGCAUGACUCGGCAUGUGCAGGUUGGAGGAACUUUGCCUGCAGGCUUUGGGAGACACCAGCGAGGAUACAACUCCCUUCCCCCAUCUAGAAGACAAUCUUAUGUCCCUCAAACAGUUGAAGAACAACAACUAUUCUUACAACAGCAGCAGCAACACCAACAACUCACAAGGAGGUCAAGUGUGGCUUCAUACACAGCUGGCAUGGACACCAGGGAUGGACAGCGACCUGCAGCCUCCAACCCUAGUACUCCUGAAAAAGUUCUUGACAAAAAGGAGAAGUCUAGUAAAAAAGAAAAAGACAAAGAUAAAAAGAAAAAAGAAGCAAAAACUGAAAAAUCGCCCAAGAAAAAGUGGUUUUGGACAUUACCUUUGAGGAGGAAGAAGAAAAACAAAGAAGAAACAACAGAGGAUGAUGAUGGAGGAUUCAAGGCAGCUUCAGAAAAGGGAGCAAGAAAGCUGUUGCCACGAGAUGACUCAAGCUUCAUCCGCUACCCUUCUCCUGACACUGCAUCUUCUGAUAUGAACUCUUCUUACUCCAGUGAGAUGUCAGGUGAGCACAGCUACCGCAGCAGCCCUUCUUCAGAAGUUUAUUACUACAGUCAACGAGCACAGCAGCAGACCAUGCAUCUACAUCAACAUCAACAGCAGCAACAACAACAACAACAACAACAACAACAACAACAAAAACACCAACAGCAAGGAGGUGGUUUAGGUCCACGUUCACUCCCAACCACUCCUGUUUCUCCACCUGACAAUAGUCAGUCUUCUUUUGUGUCAGUUAAUUCGGCAUCACAGGGUGUAAUGUCUGAUGUAACUGACCUCACCGUGACUGACCUGUCACGUGGCAGACGAUACAUGAGCCGAGAGGAACUAUAUGCAGCCAUGCGUCACCCUCAGUACUACAAUUACCAUCGAGGAACAAUGACAACUCACACCAGUGACUACAGUGGCCAGAAAAGUACUCCAACACCAAGUCGUAGCACAUCACCUGCAGUAUUUGGUGUUAGCCCUUUGCCACCCUACACAGUUAGGCCUCAGGCUCAAAAUCUGUAUGGUGCUUGGCCUACAGAUCAACCAACAAAUCAACAGCAGAUUGGAGGUUCUCUCAGAGACCGCCAGCUGGCCAACAUAUGAUAACAGAGUCUCACUCAGAAGAUACAUCACCUACAACAGAUGUAGAGCCUCCUGAAGCUUAUCAGGACCUAUCAACAAGUGAAGGUCUUAGUCUCCUUGAGUCUCAAGGAAGACUUAGUCCUAGAAAGCCUCCAUGUGGUCAAGAAUCUCCUCAAAAUCACCAGAACCAACAAUCACAACAGAAUCAGCAAGCACAGCAAAGCAACCAGUCAACUCCUAAGCAAACCUCCCGUGGAGAUUUCAAGAAAAUGAUCUUGAAUAAAAGUAUGAGCUCUGCUGGUGGGAAUCAUAGGAUUUCAGCAGUAGAAAUGCUAAAAGCCUCACGUCCUGGGAUAUAUGGAUAUUCUCCUCCUCCAGCUCCAGUGGUAAAGCCUCCACAACCCUCUCCAUCUCCAUCAAGAGGGGAAGGCGUGAUUAUUCCACCUUCCUCCCGCAACACUGCCAGGGCACUGCUUUUCCAGAGCCGCUUUGGAAGUGGCCGACGUUUCCGCACUCCAAAGACAGAGAUCAUUAGUACCACCAUUUUGGAGGACCAUGGAGGAGAAGUUGUAGAGCAAGAGGAGGAGGAAGAUGAAGAGGAGGAGGAAGACAGUGGUUCAGACAGUCCAGAGCAUUCUUCACUACAAAAUGUACGGGUUCUCUUACCAGAGCUUACAGUGAACCUUGUGCCUCCUCUAACACCAAGGCUGCAUCCCCUUCCAUUUCCCCAGUGGAUGAAAUUGCUCAUUCAACUCCCAAUACCACUCUUGAACAACUACCACAGCCUCCUGACGUGUCAUUAAUCACCCCUGAUGUGGCACCCGAGCUUCUGCCCUCCGAGAAAGACAAGGAGAACGAUGAGAAAGAAUCAAUGGAAACUGCCCUCUGACAUGAGGCUUAAUCUAGUCUUUAAUUACAGUAUCUGUAAAAACUGUGCUCAAGGGUCAUCUAAUUUUAUCCAUAAUUUUAUAUUACCUAUUGUAUGAAUAUGACAAAUAUUUGUACAUUCUGCCUAUACGAUGAAUUCUUUAGGAAACUGACCCUGUAACGUUCUUUUCGAUAUUACUUUUAGAAAUGACUGGGCACAAAAUAUUUCUUUCGAGAAGAUUUUAACAUACCCAGUUUUAUUGUACAUUUGUAACAUGAUCAAAUUUUAUACACUUGAUGUCUUGUUGAACAUGAGCUUGUAUGUAGUUUCACUGAACAUAUACAAUAGUACUACUGGAAAUUGGCUAGUCAGUGUAAAUGGUGUAAGAUGACUUCUUGAACCCUCUCACCCUAUUGGUUCAGGCCAAUGAUGUGUGACAGAUGGGCACCUUUGGUGACAGGCUUGACAGGUUCCUUCUAUGAUACACCCUCAGACUUCUGCAAGACUGACAUACUGCCAGCCUGAAUGCAUGCAUGCUCUUAGGGAAUGGGAAACAAUGUGUGUGAUUCCUCUGUUAACCAUAGCAUGAAUCUUUAUCAUGGAUUGUGUAUUGGUUAUUUACUUGUUUAUUUAUGACUAUUUUUUUUAUCACUGAGUGAGACACAUUAUCUUCAUGCUGUGGGUUAUUAUUCUGAGGACUUUGUUCCCACAGUAGUAAAGCUUCAGUAUCAUAUACUUGAUGGAGAAUGUAGGAUUAGCCUAAAAAAAGUUGGUGUUUGGUCAUAGGUAAGAAGAUUGAAAAUUUACCCCUACCAAGUAGCAGCCUUUUUUUUUUUUUUUUUUUUUUUUUUUUUUUUUUUCCUCUCAAAAGAAAACAUAGUAAUGUGUAAAUAUAUUUAUGUAUCUUGGGUGUUGAUGCUACUAUGUAUCCUGUAGGGUAAAGUGACAGAGUUAGGAAUUUGAAAUGACUACACCCUCACUCUUGCUCAGCUGCCCAAGGAAUUACAAAGGUACUACUAGUCUCAGGGGUCCACACAGUGUUACACAGUCACCACUGGGUGAGUGUAGCAGCCAAAGUAAUAUAUAUUACCAUUCCACACAAUUUCUUACUUAGCUAACUUCAACCAUAAGCACAAACAUUCAUAUAGGUAAUUCAAAAAAAAAGAAAGUAAAAAAAUAAGCCAUGCAUACCAAUGGUGAGUGAUUACCUUAGAGUUUAUACAGUGAGGGAAUUGACCAAGCUGCAUAGUAUUUUUGCUGCUGCAUCUUCAUGUGUGAGCCAGACCCAAAUACAGCUCAUCCACACAUAACUGCUUAGUCUUCAAUUUAAAUAUCAGUUUCUUAUCUGCAAUAAGAAUGUCAGUCAUCAAUUUUACUUGACCAAAUUUUGAUCUCAAUUAUAUAGUUUAUUUAGGAUUUCCUUCCUAAGUUCCUCAACAUUCCCAAAGUUAUGAAUUUAUGUUCCAUUACUUCAGAUCUUAUGUUGGUAUAUAUCUUUUAUAGAGUUCUAACAUGUUAUCUGAAUUAGGAAGUGCCUUUUUGUCCCAUGAUAAGUUGAAUAAUUUGUUGUAGCAAUAAUGUGUAUGAUGUAUAUAGUGUAUAUUGACUGUAUAAGCUUAUAGGAACAGGUGAUUUCUGCCCUCUACUUACUUUUUUACGGAAAUGUAUAAUUAUGCUUUAGCCAUUGUGAAACUAAGAUAUUUUUUCUUAUCUAGAACUUCAACAGACAAGAGCUUGAGAAAUUCUUAGGCUCAUGCUCAAAACACACCAGAGGUAGAUGAAAACUUUUGUAAGGUACUUCUCUUUGUAAGAUGUUUGACAACUUAAACACUUCUUUAUAUAUAAAUACAUAUGGUCAUUCCAGAAAAAGGAAUGUUUUGUUUUUUACAUUGCUGUGGCAGCUUUUUUUGCUGACCAAACUGCUUUUAUCAGUAUUAAUUUAAGUAAACAUAUGCCAAAUUUAAAAUAUAGAGUAAAAAUAGCCAAGAACAAGAUACUACAAUGUGCUACUUCAUACAUUUGUGAGUCUUCCUUUUUUUCACUCUAGUACAUGAAGGGUAAUACCAAAGUUAAUCUGCACCUCAGAAGUUAGAAAUGACAGUGAUCUUUUAUUGUUUAUGACUUUGAGGUUAGCAAUAAAGACAUGACCACAACAUUAA